AUGUAUAAUGGUGGGUUGUAUACGCCACAGCCAAAAAGUGUUGGGAUCUUGCGCUCGCCACACACACCUGGUACAGGAAGUAGUGUGCGGUUCGGCAUGCGCACAUACGAAGAUGGGGAAGAGAGCUUGCUCACAGCUUCUGUGAGCAGUCGUGCAGAGGACGAGGACGUCCGGUCCCAUGACAUGUCCAUAAGUGGUGAUUCCAUGGAGAUGAGCUUUACGGAAAGCUUUCUUCGUCGCGAAGUCGAUGGUGCGCUUGCUGGGUUGGACCAAAGUAGCAGCUCAAGUUGGAAACAACCAACGACGAGACCCCUGACGCCCAUUCGUUCAUCCUCUGGCGCCGAAGCCCCUGAGACCAUCAAACCACUAAAAAGCAUGAUCCAAGACGCAGAUGACACAAGUCCAUGGAGUUCGCCAUCAAGUCCUAGAGAAGGCACCUCAACCUCGCCACUGUCAUCUCCAACUGUGCGUCCGUCUCUGCGUCGAGCGCCUACACCAGACGAUCAUGUUGAACACAGGCGCAGAAGCCUGGAAGACGACACAAAGCCAGAGUCUGACAAAAAUGGUAUUGAGAUGCUCGCACAUAAGUCUGACCAAGACCCAGCUCGAGAGCCGGAGAAAGCAUCUGCGCCAAGUCCCGAACGUACAGGCACUGUGUCAGAACCACAAGCGGACUCUGCAGAAGGCACCGAAAUGGCUACGGAAGAGCAACAGGCUGACCCUCGUAACGACAACGAUGUGGUCAUGGCCCAAGCACCUCGAGAAGCGACUGUCGAUCAGGCGCCACACGAUACAUUGGUCCAACCAGAGGAGCCUCUCGACGCCGCGGCGCCGUUGUCAGGCCCCGAUCCUGCUCUCGUCACGCACCACGAGCCCCUUGAGACUGUUGGCUCAGCGAGUACAAGCUCAGAUCCCUUGGCCCCAGCAUCUAUACAUGAAGGCGAAUCUUCCUUGACGGCACAGCAUACGCCCACGCGACCGGAUGCAAGUUUUGCUUCAAGCUCAUACAGUUGGGCCACGCCACGCACCGAGUCUAGUGCACGUUCUGCAUCUAGUCCACAUACCUCAGCGCACUGGCCGGGCAUGUAUGAGUUUAGCUAUCUGACAGACAAGGAAGAGCUGGAUGAUUUGGAUACGGGCCCGCUGGUUCCAUUCGCAGCGCAAGAGUUGUCGACAAAGUUGUUCGCAAUUGAUUCCUUAGCUGAUGUCGACGCGCGUGAAUUGCUCGAUAUGGUUGCAGCUUUGGAUCGAACACAUACCGAAAGGACAAUCUUCUUGCAACACAGACUAGCCCGUUCGUAUCGACAGUGCCAGAUUCUUCGUGAACAACUGCGGGAUGCUAAUGACUACAUUCAUGUAUUUGAAGGCCACGUCCGGGAAUUUGUGCGAUGCAAAGCUACUUGGGACGAAGAUGACGAGACGAAACGGGCGACAUUGCAAGCGCUUACAGAGCAGCUCGAGUCGAGACUGGCUUUGCUUCACACGAGCACAACGACACUUUGGCCCGAGGCGAUCACAGCACCUGAGCCAGAGCUGACAAGUAAGUCUACAUCAGCCCCGGCGCCUACAACAUCGAUGGAUCAGCAGCGCCAGUCCACAGAGUUGGACAUGGAGCGUGCCGAAUUGCAAAAGGAACGAGCCGCGCUGGAAGAAGAGCGCGUCAAUCUCCAGCUACAGCAGGCACAGCUGCAUGAUGACUGGCGGAAGCUGGACGUUGGCCGACGUGACUUGGAGGUCCGUCGGGCCGAGCCAUCGAUCAACGUGCACGAACAAGUCCAGCAAGCCAUUGAAUCGACCCGACAAGCAUGCAUGCGAGACGCGGAAGUCCGCAUCCUUGUAGUACGUCAAGAGGCGGCUGAUGCCGUGCGCGAAUUGCAAGCUCGGCUCACCGAUGCAGAGACACAGCCAUCGGAAGCCGAGCUCUUGCAUGCCGAGCUCGAAAACGCGAAAGAACGCACGGCAAGCAUGGAGCGGCAUGCAGGAGAGCUCAAAGCACAACUCCAAGCACAAGCGAAGCAGAUCCGUGCACAAGAAGCAUGGGAAGCGGAGCGACUGGCACUUGAGGACGUGCGUGCGAAGGCAGAAAUGCGUGAAAAGACCGCUCGUGCGGAGCUUCGGCAGUGUGAGAAAGCGCGCGACGAGACGGAAGCAGCUCUCAAGGCCGACAUUAGCGCUUGGCAGCAGCGUGUGCGGACGUUGGAACACGAUGUUGCACAUCGGGAGCUAGACAAUGUGCAACUUCAAAAGCAGCGCGACAGCAUGAAACAGGAGCUACAAACGUUUACAUUGGCACUAGCAGCGAAGGAUCAGGAACUCAGUAUGCUCAAGCGCGGCACACAAGGGUCAGCUUACUGGGACCUCAUCACGCAACGUACACGCUCAGAGCGGCGUCCCCUACAAAAUACAACAAAUCGUGUUCGCAGCACGCAAGAAACUGUCGACAAGGCCCAAAAGAUGCUUCAUUCGACUGCCACUUUCACAGACAAAUGGCCUCGCGUUCCUACCAUAUCGCCGCGUGCGGACGAAGAGCUCUCACGGAAACCUACGCGCGCUUCACGGCGCCAGCUGCCUUCACAGUCGCGUCCACGACAUGAAAUCGCCGAGUAA